AUAUCGCCAAAACAAAAACAGGAACAGGAUUAAUGCACUUUGAUGUAGAACAACCUUUUGGGAUUCUAGUCUUGUGCUGUGCCUUGCAGAGGUGUCAUGAUGGCAAUGGAAAACAUACAAGGAAAGAAGAAUGCAAUCUGGUCAGGACAUCACAUUUGAGCUUUAUUAUUAAGGUCACCAGCAUUAGGAUCCCUUUGGUUAUGUAGUCCAAAAUAGGUUGCUGUUAAGAGUUUAGCACAAACAGUGAAGGGGCAGAUGGAUGAUGGAUAUGCAAGUCUGAAAUCUUGCUGGUAGAAAUGAAAGAAAGAGACAAUCUCUGGUUUUGUGAUUCUUUUCCUUGAAGUCAAAUGGCUGGCCUAUAAUUGUAACAGA